AUGCCUCUCGUCAACACCACCGAGGUCAACGAGGACACUCGUGUCCUUGGCUAUGAUCCUCUGCUGUCGCCGCAGUUCCUGCAGAGCGAGAUCCCCGCGCCCGAGCGUGCCAUCCAGGCUGUCCGUAACGGCCGCAACGAGGCGAUCGAGAUUAUCGAGCAGCGUGAUGACCGUCUGCUGGUCGUCGUCGGUCCUUGCUCCAUCCACGACCCUGACACUGCGCUGGAGUAUGCCCGUCGGUUGAAGGAGUUGUCUGGCAAGCUGUCCAAGGACCUGUGCAUCAUCAUGCGCGCCUACCUCGAGAAGCCCCGCACCACCGUCGGCUGGAAAGGUCUGAUCAACGACCCGGACAUGGAUGAGUCUUACCAGAUCAACAAGGGCUUGCGCGUCUCUCGUAAGCUCUACACCGACCUCACAAGCACCGGUCUGCCUAUCGCCUCCGAGAUGCUCGACACUAUCUCCCCUCAGUUCCUCGCCGACCUGAUCUCGCUUGGUGCUAUCGGCGCCCGCACCACAGAGUCUCAACUCCACCGUGAGCUGGCCUCCGGUCUCUCCUUCCCUAUCGGUUACAAGAACGGUACCGAUGGUAACCUGACCGUCGCCAUCGACGCCAUUGGCGCUGCUGCCCACCCGCACCGCUUCCUCGGUGUCACAAAGCAGGGUCUGGCGGCUAUCACCAAGACCGCCGGUAACGAACAUGGCUUUGUCAUCCUGCGUGGCGGCAACAAGGGUACCAACUACGACCGCGACAGCAUCCGCGGUGCCCGUGAGUCUCUCCGGGCCAAGAAGCAGCGCGAGGUUCUCAUGGUCGACUGCUCCCACGGUAACUCCAAGAAGAACCAUCUCAACCAGCCUCUCGUCGCCAAGGAGGUCUCUGAUCAAUUGCGUGAGGGUGAGACCGCCAUUAUCGGUGUUAUGAUUGAGUCCAACAUCUACGAGGGUAACCAGAAGGUGCCCCCGGAGGGUCCUACCGCCCUUCUCAAGGGCGUCUCCAUCACCGAUGCUUGCAUCAACUGGGAGAUGACCGUUGAUGUUUUGACCGAUCUGGCUGAAGGUGUGCGCGCGCGCCGUGCCGUGCUCGCGUCCAAAGCCAAUGGCUCGCAUUAG